GUCCGGUAAACGCUUCCGUUGGCCCGAUGCCGCCUUGCCGGAGCAGCGACACGUUCCAAAGCCCCGGCAGCGCGUAGGAGCUGCAUGGCGAAUAACUAUUCGUUGGAGCUCCGAAUUUGCUGCUAAAUCCGGAGAUGGCGGUUGGCGGCCGCCCUCGUGCCUGUCGACCGGCAUGUGGGUCCGCGGCACUAUCCACCACCAUAAGACCGUACCGCGGCCAUGCAAUCCUCAUCCGCACAUGCCGCAUUUCCUGGCGGAGAGACGGCUGGGGCAUCGGCUCGCUUGCCCCACAUGCAGCAACCCGUACACCCUCAACGCAGGCCACGGCGCAGCCCGUGACUUUGCCGGUGACGCAGGGCCAGCAGCAGCAGCCACAUCCACCUCCAAAUCAAGUCCAAGGCCAAGCAAGCCAAAUCCCCGGAUCACAGCCUCAGCUCCCAGCACAACUUCAGCCCCAUGUCCAGCCUCACUCGCAGCUGCAAGCGCCCACGCGUGCAGCUGAUGGGACUCCGGGAUCCUCUCCUGUCAGCAUGGAGGAGCGCUUGAAACAAAGGCGCAUGGCUGUUUACUCGGAGCAGGGCGCCAAGCGAGCAGCGUUGGCGGCAUCGGAGGCGGGCCGACCAGCCUUGCCGCCGUCACCUGCGCCACCACCGACACCGGUAGCAGGUGGAGGCGGGGAAGCUAUUACUGCUGAUGCUGCUCCUGGUGCCACAGCCCAACCUUGGGCGAUGAGUCCCCAAGCCCCGAGACCCAUGGGUCAGUCGGCAAGCCAGCAAGCGGUUUGGGCAGCAACAACAACAUCUUCACCUGCGCCCCCAGGGGCUCAUGCCGUACUGCAAGAUGUACGGCAGCCGCAUGGCGUUACGGUACCUGCAGCGCAGCCCUCAUUAGGGACGCAACAACCCCGUCCCUUGGAUCAGCAGCAGCACCAGCAACUGAGCUACGGGCAACAUGGGAUGCAGCAAGUACGGCAGCAGCAGCAGCAGUGGCAGCCAACGCACUCGCAGCAACAACCGCAGCACCAACCUCAGGCUCUGCAAUGGCAACAGCAGCCCUUGCAGUCACAGCAACAGCAGCAGCAGCAGCUUCAACCAGCGCAACUGCAGCAAUACCCGAACCAACACUAUCACCAACAGCAGCAGCCGUACCCGUACUUGCACCAACAGCCAAGCAAUAACUUCCAACAGCAGCUGCACUACCAGCAACAACAACAGCAACCACAGCAGCAACAGCCGCUGUACACGCAGCAGCCUGCAUCGCCCUCAUCGUCACCCCCACCAUCACCACCACGCACCGCACCCCAGCCACAGCCGCUUCCCUCACAACUGCGGCCCCAAGGUCCCAUGGCAGCUGCAGCAGCAGCGCCCUCCCACGCCCCUCCAGUGGCGGCUGCAGCCACAUAUCAGCAUCAGGUAGCGGGAAGAGCCCCGGUGGCUGCGGCUUUGCCUCCAACAGUGGCCCCACCGCCGCCGCAGCAGCAGUCGCAGCAGCAGCAGCAGCAGUGCUCGCUACCGCAGCAGCAGCCGUUUCCACAACCUCAGUCUCCUCCGCGACCCCACUUGGCGCCUGCAACACCCUCCUCCCCAGCAGUUGCCCCGUCAGCCAUGCAGCAGGGGUCACCUUCCUUCCGGCCGCCUGUGACCUCCAGCCAACCUGUCGCCUCCAUCGCCACCGCAUCGCCAUCGCCGCCCUCAUUACCAGCAGCCCCAGCAGUACAAGCAGCACCAGCAGCAGCAUACGCUGCGCAACCUGCCAGGGGGCCACAACCACUGCCGCCAUCACAGUUACCUCCCUCGCGGACUCCAUCCCAGCAGCCUGCUGCAUGGGGAGGACCGCCCGCACCGCAUGCCUCAACCUCACCCGCACCUCGCGUUUCUUCGCCGGCGGGGGGCCCAGUACGGCCACCAACCCCCCAGCAGCAACAGCAGCCGCCACCGCAGCCACAGCAGCCGCAACAGCACCUCAGGCAGCCCUCCUCGUCAUCGAUACCAUCUGCAAAAACGGCACCGGCAGCCGCAGCGCCAUCAGCGCAGAAACCCCUGCAGCAGCAGCAGCAACAGCAGCAGCUCCCGGACCUCCUGCCGGGUCUGCAGCUGCCAACAUCAACAUCACCAGCAAAGAAACCGCAACAACAGCCGCCGCCGCAGCAGCAGUUGGGACUCCCUAAUCUCCUCCCAGGUUUGCAGUUGCCGCAAACGCGUGGCAAGAGCUCCUCCUCCUCGUCCUCUUCCUCAUCUGUCGCGUCUCCUCGAUCGUUGAAAGAGCCCACGGUUACGGCUAGCAGCACACGAUCGACCCGUGGGUCAUUUAGCGGGCAGGAGGCAGCAGCUGGCAGUGGCGGAGGUGGAGGCGCCGGAGGAGGGAUACUCGUGAGCAGCAACCGCCGGGCCCGGGCGGAGUUUGCGGAUCCGACGACAUUGACGUCACGGUCCCAACAGCCAGGGUCAACAGUCGGCGGCCGCGGCGACGACGACGGCGGCGGCAGCGGGACGGCAAGCGCGACGGAGGUACGAACGCCGCCGCAGUUGCCGCCGCCGCCGGCGGCGGCGACAGCAGCCACGACGGCGCCUCGGCCGUUACUUGACCUGAACCCCAACAUGGUUGCCGGGCCGUUGGGACUCGGGCAGCAGGUGACAGCGGCAACCACGGCGGCACGGCGGCGGAUGGCUGCGGCCGCAGCGCCAAUGGCGCCGUCGUCGUCGGGUUAUAACGGCGGCGGCGCGGAGGAAGGGGCGUCAGAAACACCCCUGGCGACGGCAGCAGCCUCCUCGUCCUCCUCUUCACUCGCGCCGACAGCAGCAGCAAGCACAGCAGCAGCCUCCAUGACGACAACCCAGUCCAGUCCCGACGGAGGACCCACGGAGGAGGGAGCCGCAGAGGUCACGGAGGGUCCUACCGCACCGGCGGCGGGGACAGUAGCGGCGGUUGCAGCAGCUGCUGCAGCAGCAGCCGCUGCAGCCGCUGCCGCGGCAGCAGCCAAGAAAGAGAAGAAGCCCGCUAGGCAGGCAGCGCCUUGGCUGACGUCGUUCAAGCAGGCCGGCGGCGGCGCAGCGGUGACGCCAGCGGCUGCUGCCGCCACGCCAGCGGCGGCGGCGCCGGCGGUGGAUGCCGGGGUGGUGGCGGCGGCGAUGAUUCGCGCGGCGGCGGAGCGACCUGCCAGGGAGCUGGCGGCGACGGUGACAGACCUCCCUGCGCCCAUUCCCGAGUUGCAAGCUCGACUGGAGGCAGCCGUACAAGCGGAGCAUGAAAGCGAGCUGCGGGCAUUACGAGCGUUAUACGCGCACGGCAGUUUGCGGCGGUUGCAACGCGAGGGAGUGGUGUUGGUGGGCCUUACGGCGGCGCCGUCAGGACGGUUGUACCGCUCCUUCCUCUGGCAUUUCCUGGUCAUGCAACAACAGCAGCAGCCACAGCACAGAAAUUCGAAACAGGCGUUACCACAACAGCAGCAACAGCAGUUGCCGUACCAUAAGUUCCGACCUGGUGCGAGCGUCAUCAUCACGCGGCAUGUGGCGGAGGGGGCUUCAACAACUGCUGCUGCUGCUGCUGCAGCUAGCAAAAACGGCAGCAGCAGUACCAACAAGGGCAACAGCGGCAACAGCAGCAACAAGGGUGUCAUUCGAGCUAGCAGUAGCAGCGGGGGCGGAAGCGGACAGUUCGAGGAGGUGGACGCGGGGGUGGAUGAGGAGACUGGGCUGCCGGUGGAUGGCGUGGAGGGGGUGAUUCUGGAGGUCCACAAGGACCACCUGGUGGUGGCGCUGGAGGGCCGAGCCAACGAAACAUUCCAGGAUAUGGUUGCUGCGGCAGAGGAGGUGGCAGCGGGGGGGAUCAAGAGACCCAACAAGGCCGCCUCCUCCUUCCUGGGGUGGCGUCUGGACCAGUCGGUCCGCGACACCACCACUCGGCGGCACCGGGAGGCGGUGCGGCGGCUGGGCACGUGGGUGGAGCCGGAGGGUGAGGGACGUGUGGGCGAGGCGCGGGUUCGUGCCAUCCUGGCGGGGUCCAGAUCCGCUGCCGUACUGGCCUCCGAGCCGCCCGAGUGGGUGAGGGAGGCUCGCUGGCGUGAGGCCGCUCGCGCCGCCCUAGCCCGGCAGGAGGGGCUGAACGCCUCGCAGCGGCGGGCGGUGGCGGCGGCCCUCACGCGCUCGCUCACGCUGUGGCAGGGGCCGCCGGGAACCGGGAAGACACGAACCCUGCUGGCGCUGGUGGAGAUCCUAGUUCGCGUCCGUACAGGCCGCGACUCCCCCUCCCCCUCCUCCUCCUCCUCCUCCUCCUCCUCCUCCUCCUCCUCCUCCUCCUCCUCCUCCUCCAAGCCCGCCUCCUCCUCCUCCUCCCGGCUGCUUCCCCCCUGGCACGCCGCCAUGGGUCCGCUGCUGGCGGUGGCGGACACCAACGCAGCGGUGGACAACCUGGUGGAGGGGCUGGCGGGCAGGGGGGUG